CACCAACAAUAGUAUUCUACUACUAUACCACUCCCUAUAUAUAUAAUAAUCUACCUAUAUCUAUCAUAGCAGGUCCCUGAUUUUAGCAUCAUCCGACUACAAUACCUGACCAUUUUCCAAUUCAGUCACGCAUUUCGUCAAACACUUUCUCUGCAUUCUAUUCCAAAUUUCCAAUCCAACCACCACUCCACUCCUUACCCUAAGCAACAGUAAAAACACUUCUCAGAUUUCUCUUUAGUGUUCUCUGAAAUAGGCAUAAGGUUUAGUAGGUAUUGAUGCAAUGAGUGAAUGCUAUUCGCCAAAAUCGAGAUUGAUGAAUAAGGAUUCAAAUUCUUUUCGUAAUUCGGGUGCAUACACGAGCCCAGGUACUCCUGAUUAUGGUGAUAACUUUAACAACCAAGGGAGAGGAUUCCAAAAGGGUUGGUACUCGGAAAGGGUACCGUUGUCAAGUAACAUUAAGCAUAGGCGUACUAGUGUUAAUGUUUUGAUGCCUUUUAAUAAUGGGAGAACAAUGCCUUCGAAAUGGGAUGAUGCAGAGAGGUGGAUUACUAGUCCUGUGUCUGGUUCUGGAGUUAAUAAGAUGUUAGGGCCACCUCCUCAGCGACGUCCCAAGUCAAAAAGUGGACCAUUGGGGCCGAGUCCUGGGGACUCGUACUUUUCAGGCUAUUCGCCUGGUUUCCCGUUGCUUGAAGGUGGGAGCACAAAGACUAUUUCUGCAGGUUCACCACUGACAAUGGGUGUUUUGGUACCUACUGGAUAUUCUUUUCCAGAUGGUUGUGGAAUUGAUGAACAUUCUGCUUGUGCUAACAAUGAUUAUAGAUUGGCUCCUUCAGAAUUGUUUAUCGAAUCUUCGUAUCCUGAUUCACAAGAUGAGAACAUUAGUCGUGUUGUCUCACGACGUGAUAUGGCUACCCAGAUGAGCCCGGUGGACAGUCCGGUGACUUCUCCAAAGGGAAGGCCACUUCUGUCUACCUCUCCUCCGCCAAUACCUUCACCAGUGGUGCCUAACAGCCUUCAUUCAUCUAGAUUGGAAGUCAGGGAUGUUCAGGUAGACAAAAGAGUAACAAUGAUCAAGAUACCAAAAAGAAAUGCGAAAAAAAUGGACAAGAACCGGUCAACAGAGAUCAAGGACCUGGCUUUGACAUGGAAUUCUACUGAAGGGGUCAUGGAAUCGUCAAAGCUCCAGAAAGAGGAAGCAAGGAUUGCUGCUUGGGAGAACCUGCAAAAUGCAAAAGCAGAGGCAUCAAUCCGAAAACUUGAGAUGAAACUGGAAAAGAAGAAAUCAGCAUCUAUGGACAAAAUCAUGAAGAAGCUCAGAAUUGCACAGAUAAAAGCCCAAGAAAUGAGAAAAUCGAUAUCAGAAAAUGCUGCAAGUCAGGCGCCCAGAACUACCCACAAGUUCAUGUCCUUGCGCAGAUACCCAAAGAUUAACCUGACCUACUGCUUUUCUUCCCAUCACUCCUAAUUCUCUAUCAUCUUCCUUCGAUCAGUUAUGUUGCAAAUGGAAAAUUGCAGAGACAAGAAGUGACAAAGGUAGAUAACUAUGGCUGUAAACUGGUAAUGCUUGUGUUUCAUUAUGAAAAUGGUGGACUAUAAGCAUGUUUCUAGCAUCUUAAUGCAAUUUUUGGAUCCAAUUAUGAAUAUGGUUGCAAGGCACAGUCGUGUAUGUCAAGUGCAGAUACCUCUGGAUUGCACUAUCGUGUAAGUACAUGUGUAAAUCAAGGUUAAAGGUACAUGAUGUGCUAAUGUAGAUACAUGAUCCUCAGCUAUAAUUCAGUGAUUUUACAGUAAA